AGCCCCAGUUUCCUGCCCCUGCUCCUUCUUAUCAGAUGGGGACUCAGAGGCUCGGAGAGGCGAAGCGAGCUCUCCACGGCCACACAGAAGUAAGUGGCUGAGACAGGACUGGAAACUCGGAGUGUCUGGUCCCAAGUGGGUGCCAGGUGCCAAGAGGAGUAACACUUGGAAGAGGGAAGAGCUGUGUCAACAGGCCGUUGGAGCCGCCAGCUGUUUGGACCUGAACUACUGCAGAAGGGGAAGUGGAGAGUGAGGGUCUGGUCUUGUGGGGGCUGAUGGCCGGCAAAUGGCUGAAUCUUCGCUGGGUGCUGAGUUUGCUCUGUGUGCCACUGAUGGUGGAGACAGUGUCUGGGGUCAGGGGCCCAUCUACAGAGACUCCCAUUAGUCCCCAGUUUCCAGCCUCAGGUGUGAACCAGACCCCCAUGGUAGACUGUCGCAACGUGUGUGGCCUGAAUGUCUCUGACCGCUGUGACUUCAUCCGGACCAACCCCGACUGCCGCAGUGGAGGGGGCUACCUGGACUACCUCGAAGGCAUCUUCUGCCACUUCCCUCCCAACCUCCUUCCUCUGGCCAUCACCAUCUACGUUUCCUGGCUGCUUUAUCUCUUUCUGAUUCUGGGAGUCACGGCGGCGAAGUUUUUCUGCCCUAACUUGUCAGCCAUUUCCACCACACUCAAGCUCUCCCACAACGUGGCUGGCGUCACCUUCCUGGCGUUUGGGAAUGGCGCACCUGAUAUCUUCAGCGCCUUGGUGGCUUUCUCGGAUGCGCGCACAGCGGGCCUGGCCUUGGGGGCACUGUUUGGUGCGGGCGUGCUGGUCACCACGGUGGUGGCCGGUGGCAUCGCAAUCCUGCACCCCUUCAUGGCCGCCUCCAGGCCCUUCCUCAGGGACAUCAUUUUCUACAUGGUGGCUGUGUUCCUGACCUUCACUGCGCUCUACCAUGGCAGGGUCAACCUGGAGUGGGCUCUGGGCUACUUGGGCUUGUAUGUGUUCUACGUGGUCACUGUGGUUCUCUGCACCUGGAUCUACCGAUGGCAGUGGAGAAGAAGAUCCCUGGUCUACUCCAGGCCAGAUACUCCAGAGAUGCUUUCAGAUUCUGAGGAGGAUCGGGUGUCUUCUAACACCAACAGCUAUGACUACGGUGAUGAGUACCGGCCGCUGUUCUACCGGGAGACCACGGCUCAGAUCCUGGUGCUGGCCCUGAACCCCCUGGACUACAGGAAGUGGAGAAACAAGUCAGCAUACUGGAGGGCCCUCAAGGUGUUCAAGUUGCCCGUGGAGUUCCUGCUGCUCCUCACAGUCCCUGUCGUGGACCCAGACAAGGACGAUCGGAACUGGAAACGGCCCCUCAACUGUCUGCACCUGGUUAUCAGCCCCCUGGUCUUGGUCCUGACCCUGCAGUCAGGGGCCUAUGGUGUCUAUGAGAUAGGCGGCCUCCUUCCCAUCUGGGCCGUGGUGGUGAUUGCAGGCACAGCCUUGGCUUCAGUGACCUUUUUUGCCACAUCCAACAGUGAGCCCCCUAAGCUUCACUGGCUCUUUGCUUUCCUGGGUUUUCUGACCAGCGCCCUGUGGAUCAACGUGGCUGCCACAGAGGUGGUGAACAUCUUGCGGUCCCUGGGUGUGGUCUUCCGGCUGAGCAACACCGUCUUGGGGCUCACACUGCUGGCCUGGGGGAACAGCAUCGGAGAUGCCUUCUCAGAUUUCACACUGGCCCGCCAGGGCUACCCGCGGAUGGCGUUCUCGGCCUGUUUUGGUGGCAUCAUCUUCAAUAUCCUGGUGGGAGUGGGGCUGGGCUGCCUGCUCCAGAUCUCCCGGAACCACAUGGAGGUAAAGCUGGAGCCAGACGGACUGCUGGUGUGGGUCUUGGCCGGCGCCCUGGGGCUCAGCCUCGUCUUCUCCCUCAUCGUGGUCCCACUGCAGUGUUUCCAGCUGAGCAAAGUCUAUGGCUUCUGCCUUCUCCUCUUCUACUUGAACUUCCUCGUCGUGGCCCUGCUCACUGAAUUUGGAGUGAUUCACUUGAAAAGUGUGUGACUGAAGGCUUAUGUCCAAGCCUGCCUGGUGGUGUGGAGGGGGUACCACAGCAGGCACCCCACAGCCUCCUGUGAGGGGAGG